GCCUUAACAGCAGCCGCAGUGCAGCAGCAGCAGCAACAGCAGCAGCAGCAGCAGCAGCAGCGGUGGUAACGACAACAGCAGGAGAAGAAGGAGGGAUAGGCGGUGCAGCUUUUCUUUUGCUGCUGUAUUAUACACACAAACCUUCGGAGCCCUCAGCUCUUAUAAAGAGUCUCGCUGCAGCAGCAGCAGCAGCAGCAACACCAGCAACAACAGCAGGAACAGCAGCAACAACAGCAGGAACAACAACAACAACAGUUGCAUCAACAGCAACAGAAGCAGCAACAGCAACAGCAAUAGCAAUAGCAAUAGCAAUAGCAUUAGCAACUGCAGCAGCAACAGCAACAGCUGUAGCAACAGCUGUAGCAACAGCAGCAGAGCAACACACGCAGCAGCAACAGAGGCAGCAACAGCAGCAGCAGCAGCCACCACUACUGUGGAAUUGCCUUCCAGGGCGAGGGAACAGCAGCAGCAGCAGCAGGGACAGCGGGAGCUGCAACAGCAGCAGCAGCAGCAGCAACAGCGGGAGCUGCAGCAGCAGCAGCAGCAGCAGCAGCAACAGCAGCAGGAGGCGGAAGGAUGGCGCUGUCAGGGGCUGUUACUGGCAAGAGCCAGGAACCGUAGAACGGCAGCAGCAGCAGCAGCAGCAGCAGCAGCAAGCAGCAGCAGCAGCAAGCAGCAGCAGCAGUAGCAGUAGCAGUAGCAAGGGGCUCAAUGUUUGCUGUUUUGUGAUGCAGACAGUUGACGGUGCUGCAGUGCUAGCGGAGCUGCAGCAGCUGAAACAGCAGCUGCAGGUGCAGCAGCAGCCGCUCGCUGCUGCUGCUCUACACUCUGCUUAUACAACCUUCAUCAGCAGCAGCAGCGACAGCGUGCAGCAACGAGAUGAACGCUGCGGCUCGCUGCUUCUGCUGCUGCUGCUGUCGAGGGGACAGUUGCUGGGAGGUGAAAAUAAACCCGAGAGAUUGCUGCUGCAGCACCGCAGCCAGGCUUUGCAAAGGGCUGCUGCAGCAGAAGAGCGGAGGCGACUAGAAGCAGCAGCAAGAGAAGAUUUGCUGCAGCUGAUGCAGCAGCAAGAUGAGCUGUACAGGGAGUCCCUCCGUAGCUGCAGCAGCAGCAACAGCAGCAGCAGGAGCAGCAGCAACAGCAGCCGCAGCAGCAACAGCAGUCUCGCUGAAGAACCGCGCCAGAGCCGCUGCUACUGCAUUGCCGUUGCAUGUGCUGCUGGUUUGCUGCUGCGUUUGCUGCUGUUCCUGCUGCAGCGAUUGAAGCCCUGUGAAGAUCUCAGCACCAAUAGUGCGGCAGCAGCAGCAGCAGCAGCAGCAGCAGGCAGUGUAGAUCGGUCGUACCGCGAGAUGGAGUGUCUCCUGGGGAGUAAUUCUCAAGAACAACGUGUUGUAAGCAGCAGCAGCAGCAGCAACAGCAGCAGCAGCAGCAACAGCAGCUGGGACCCGCUGCCUGUGGUGCUGGAGGUUAAUUCUUCUUUGCGGCUGCUGCAUCUGUCUCCUCAAGCUCUGCAGCACGGUGUUGCUGCCUUUCUUAGAGGGGCCUCAGCGGUGCUGCUGCUGCAGCUGCUGCUGCGCCGAGCGUUUGCUGCUGGGUACUCCAUAGAGCAGCUGCAGCAACAGCAGCAGCUGAAGCAGCAGCAACAGCAGCAACAGCAGCAGCAGCAGCAGCGUCUGCAGUCGCGCUUGCUGUGGGGAGCAGCAUCAACAGGUAUUGCGACGCAUGCAGCAGCAACUGCAGCAGCAGCGGCUGCUGCUGCUGCCGAGCAGCAGCAGCAGGACUUGCUGCCUCGAUCUCUUAUAGAGCUGCUGCUGCUGCGGCCGUUGCAGCAGCAACAGCAGCAGCAGCGCCCGACGACGGUUAAUGCGAGGACUUGGGUGCAGCAGCAGCAGCAGCAGCAGCAGCAGGGAGGGGGCCCUUGGAGCUGCUGUCUUGAGGCUUUUCUAUACGCUGUGCGGUUGAUGCUGCAGCAGUGGGAGGCGCAGCUGCUGCUGCUGCGGCUGCAGCAGCUGCAGCAGCUGCAGCAGGAAUGGCAUGUGCCCUAUGCAUGCGGGUUUCAUCCGUCUGCAGCAACAGCAGCAGCAGCAGCAGCAGGCCCUCUCCCCCCUUUACCUUCAACAACAGCAGCAGCAGCAGCAGCAGCAGCAGCAGAAAGCGGUGCAGCAGCAUCAGCAGCGUUUCCUGCUGCUGCAGUGCGACCCCUGACGUUGCUGUCGCUGCAGCAGCAGCUGCGCAGCAGUCUCCGCUGCUGGGAGGAGACAGCGCGUAUCUUGGAGAUGGCUUUGCAUGCGGCAGCAAGCAGCAGCAGCAACAGCAGCAGCAGCAGCAGCAGCAACAGGGCAACCCCAAGUGCUUCAGCGGUUUCAGGAGCCCUGCUGCAGCUGCUGCUGCAGCGGCUGCAGCAAGCAGAGCUACGGGGGGAUUUGUUGCAGCAGCGGUUGCUGCGGUUUCUGCUGUCUUUUGCUGCAGCUCCGCUGCUGCAGCAGAUUGAUCAGCUGCUGUGCUGCUGCUGCACCGCCAGCAUGCAGCAGCAGGUUUGCUGCGACCCGCCUCCUGCUGCUGCAGCUGCUGCUGCUGCAGCAGGGCUAGCUCCCAUCGGGAAUCUCCGAGGCAGCAGCAGCAGCAGCAGCUGUUGGUGGGGCGUGCUGCAGCAGUGCCUCAAUGAUGCUGCUGCUUCGGGGUGGUAUGCAGCAGCAGCAGCAGCAAUGAGGGGAGGCUCUGCUGCUCGGGGCUGCGCAGCCUUGGGGGGUCAGAGUAAGCGGCAGCAGCAGCAAGAGCUGCAGCAGCUGCUGCAGCACUGUCCUUGCACCACAGCAGCAGCAGCAGCAGCAGCAGAGGUAGCUACAGCAGCAGCAGGCACAGCUGGCUUUUCGAUUGAUAUAACAGCGGAGCUCCUAGACCUCGCGAGGGCCGAGCAGCAACAGCAGCAGCAAGCAGCAGCAGCAGAGAGCAACCCUUGCUGCUGCGGCAGCGACUGCAGCAGCAACUGCAGCAGCAACUGCAGCAGCUCGAAUGAGGCCGUGCUGACGUCGGACUUCCUGCAGCAGCUGUCAAGACACUUCAGCAAAUGGCGCUCUGUGCCCUGCAGCAAACUGCAGCAGCAGCAGCAGCAGCAGCAGCAGAGGCAGCAGCAGCAGCAGCAGCAGCAAUAUAGUAAAAAGGCACGGGGAAGAGGCAUUGCGCUGCCUGCGUUGCUUGCCUCUUCAACCGCCAGCAGCACAACGUCUUUUAACAGCAGCAGCAGCAGCAGCAGCAGCAGCGAGUCGGAGGGUGAGGACGCGUACAAGCUUGUGCUGGCAGCAACAACAGACUCCCGCCUGCAGCAGCUGCAGCAACAGCAGCAGCAGCAGCAGCAGCAGCAAGAACCGCAGGAGGACGAGCAAGAGCAGCAGCAGCAGCAGCAGCAGCAGCAGCAGGAGCUAGUGCUUCCGUCAACUUUGCUGCUGCAGCAGCUGCUUGUACAGCCAUUGAAGGAGCUACGAAUUUGCUCGCAGCAGCUGCUGCUGCUGGAGACGCUGCAGAGGGGUUUUGCCUUAGAACAAAUUGCUGCUCUUAGGGCCCUCUUCUCCCUGCAGGAUGAGGCUUUGCUGCUGCCGGUGCUGCGGCUGCUGUUUGAACGAGUGCAUGCGCCUUUGGCACAUGUAGACCCGCUGCUGCUGAACAGUUUGCUGCAGGAGGCCUUCUGCAGCAGCAGCAGCAGCAGCAGCAAGGGGCAGCAGCAGCAGCAGCAGCAGCAGCAAGGUUUCCAUCCGUUGGGAAUGCUGCAGCUGCCCAGCGCGAAGGCCUUGACAGCAGAAGCACCAGUAGCAACAACCACUGCAGCAACAGCAGCAACAACAGCAACCGCAGGGGGAGCAGCAGCAGCAGCAACAGCAACAGCAGCAGCAGCGAGAUUCAACACGGAGAGCAUAGCCUGGCAGCUGCAUGCACGCAUGCGGGCUGCGUUGAGCGCAGUAGCUGGGCUGGUAAGCACGGACAGCAGCAGCAGCAGCAGCAGUGGCAGCAGCAGCAGCAACUGCAGCAGCAGCAGCAGCAGCAGCUUGGCGAGACGAGUUGAAGCUGGGCGUGCUGCGGUGUACGAGGACCUCUUCUCUGUUCAGAGGCAGCAGAAAGCGCUGCAGGGUUUAACUGUCUCCUUAGAGGAGACACCUUAUAUUCUUAGGGCUGAGCAGCAAAAGUCUCUUGCCUUCGCAUGCAUGCAGGUGAAGCAGAAGGGACCUCAGGGUAACAGCCCCACAGUAUUAUCUGCUGCUGCUCUCGCUGCUGCUGCUGCUAUCUUAGCAUUCAAUAUUGAAACACGCAGAUCGGUAUUAACAGCGGAGCAUCUGCUGCAGGUGUCUCCUGGGUUUGCUGCUGCCUUCCAGCAGCAGCGGCGCCACCGCAGCAGCAGCAGCAGCAGCAGCAGCAGCAGCAGCAGUGUGGUAUUCCGCUUCUAUGGGGUGGUGUUAGCAGCAAGACAGGAGCUGCUGCAUCUGCUGCAUGCACUCAAUCAACAUGUGGGGCUGUGUAUAUUUGCUGCUGAGGUGCCGCUGCUGCUGCUGCUGCUGCGGUGUACGAACACAGAGCAGCUUGCAGUGUAUCAUUUCCAGCAUUUGCUGCUGCUGCUGGCAGUCUUGUUGGUGCCGCUGUCUCCUGCUGCAGCAGCAGCAGCGGAGGCAGAUGCAGCAGCAGCAGCAUCAGCGGCCGCUGCAGCAGCUGCUCCUGGCGGCGGUAGCGCAGCAGCAGCAGCAACAGCAGCAGCAGCAGCAGCAGCAGCAGCAGGAGUCAUCCCCUCUUCACCGCUCAGCUUUGCUACCAAUGUAGCAGCAGCACCGCACAUCCUUACUCUGCUGCGAGCGCCUC